AUGGCUAUUCGAGUGGCCUUCGUAUCAGCAGUGACAUAUUUUUCCAUAAAAUGGCUAGUAAAUCAGAUAGACCCUACAUCCAAAAGUAGGAAGAAAGCAGAAGAACGAGCUCGUGAACAGUUACGCAAAUUAUCUUCCAGAGCGGGGCUUGGUGGCAAACACUCGGUGGCACUAGAUAAACUGACAGACCAUGAAAUGAUAAUAGCAUCGCAGCUGGUUGUGCCAGAUGAGAUGAAUGUGAACUGGAAGGACAUAGCUGGCCUAGAUCAUUUGAUCCAAGAGCUCCGUGAAACUGUCAUCCUUCCAAUACAGAAACGGGAACUAUUUGCUGAUAGUAGGCUCACUCAGCCACCCAAAGGUGUUUUGCUGCAUGGUCCUCCAGGGUGCGGUAAAACCUUGAUAGCGAAGGCAACUGCUAAAGAGGCAAACAUGAGUUUCAUUAACCUGGAUGUGUCCCUGCUCACUGACAAGUGGUAUGGUGAAACACAGAAGUUGGCAGCAGCGGUCUUCAGCCUUGCCGUUAAGUUGCAACCUUGCAUUGUAUUCAUAGACGAGAUUGAGUCGUUCCUGCGGACGCGCACCCAGCACGAUCACGAGGCGACUGCGAUGAUGAAGACCCAGUUCAUGUCGCUUUGGGAUGGGCUCAUCACCGACAACACUUGUACCGUCAUCAUCAUGGGUGCGACGAAUCGGCCCCAGGACCUGGACAAGGCGAUCCAGCGCCGCAUGCCGGCCACCUUCCACGUGCCGAUGCCCAACGAGCAGCAGCGCGAGCGCAUCCUGCAGCUGAUACUGCGCCCCGAGCCCGUCGCCACCGACAUCGACUACCGUCGCCUCGCUUCCGCCACGGAGGGUUUCUCUGGCUCGGAUCUGCACGAGCUCUGCCGCCAGGCGGCUGUGUACCGGGUGCGCGAGCUGGCCAGGGGAGAGUUCGCCAGGGAGAGCGAAGAGGCCGCAACAAACAAAUCGUCCAACUCCGAUUCCGACGAGGAGUAUGUUGAUGCGGUGAGGCCAAUCACAAUGGAGGACCUGAGGCAAUCGCUGAACAAGCUGAAAGAGUCCAAGAUUCAGUGCGGAUCACUCGCAGCCACUAUGCGGAUAGAACUUGAC